AAUGGUUCGCAAAGUUGACACUUUUGCUUUUCUUAUGGCUAGUAAUGUUUCUGCUAGUAAAAUGGAAUUCAAACUCAUAUGUGCCGGAUACCCAUAGGCACUUGGAGAUAGACUCAUUGAAUGAGCCGUACGGUGACGCACAGAAUGCAUUGCCAGCUAUUUUACUGGCUGGUUGGGAGAUGGAACAGAAAAAGGAAAAGUCUGACGAUAGUCCCAGUCGGAAGGAUGCAAAAGAAGUGGGUGGUGUUCGCGUAGAGGUAAAUGAUGCUCCCAGCGGAGAGAAGAGGGAUUGGCAUGAUUAUAAGGCCAUGGAGCGUGAUAGUAAGCGCGAGGGCAUAGGGGAGCGCGGCAAGGCAGAGAAACUGGGUUAUGCCACGCACGAAUUGGAAAAAAAAAUGUCAAUCGAAAACGGCUUCAAUGCGUUACUCUCGGACUCAAUAUCGGUAAAUCGAUCAGUGCCUGAUAUUCGACAAAAGGGUUGUCACAGCAAGCUGUAUUUCAGUAAGCUGCCAACCGUGAGCAUCAUUUUAACUUUCUGGAACGAGUACAUGAGCGUUCUGAAACGCUCUAUUCAUAGUUUAAUUAAUCGAUCGCCGCCUGAGUUGAUUAAGGAGAUUAUACUGGUGGACGAUGGCAGCCAUCGUGACUAUCUUCGCAAGCCCUUGGAGGAUUAUAUAGCCAAGCACUUUAAGAAUGUGCGUAUUAUUCGAUUACCCCGUCGCAUUGGCCCGAUUGGAGCACGCUCUGCGGGUGCUCAUAAUGCCACCGCAGAAGUUCUAAUUUUUGUGAACUCUCGCAUCGAGACCAAUUAUAAUUGGUUGCCACCAUUGCUGGAACCCAUUGCAUUAAAUAAGCGUACCGCAGUGUGCCCAUUAAUUGACAAUAUAGAUCACACUACAUUUCAAUAUCGAGCCAAGGAUGAGGGAAAACGUGGUGGCUUUAAUUGGUUUUUCAGCUACAUACGUUUACCGCUGCUGCCCGAAGACCACAAACAUCCAACAGAGCCUUUCAAGAGUCCUAUAAUGGUGGGUGGAGUGUUCGCAAUAUCGUCGGUUUUCUUUUGGGAGUUGGGCGGCUACGAUGAGGGUCUACAAAUGGAAGGUGGUGAGCAAUUUGAGUUAAGUUUCAAGAUAUGGAUGUGUGGAGGUGAGAUGUACGAUGCUCCGUGCUCACGUGUGGGACAGAUCUAUCAAGGAUCUCUGAAUCACACUGCGGCUCUGCUCAAGAAUUAUAAACGUGUAGCCGAAGUGUGGAUGGACGAUUACAAAAAGUAUUUGUAUCAGCGUCGCUAUGCUGAAUUCGAUAAUAUUGAUCCCGGGGAUCUUACUAAACAGAUAGCAUUGCGAUACAAGCUGCGGUGCAAGUCUUUCAAGUGGUUUAUGGAAAAUGUAGCCAGUGAUGUUGUUCGGGAAUUUCCGCCCACUGAGCCGCCUGAUUAUGCCAAUGGCGCCAUACAAAAUUUGGGUAAUCCUGAUUACUGCGUGGACACUCUUCAACGCAAGGCCAAUAAUCAUAUUGGUGUAUAUCCCUGUGCCGAAAACCUGGUGCGUCCUCAGCGUACGCAAUUCUGGACUCUAAGCUGGUACCGAGACUUGCGCAUACGUAACGAAAAGAACUGCAUGGAUGUCCAGGUAUGGCAUAGCAAUGCACCGGUUUGGCUAUGGAAGUGCCACGAAAAGGGCGGUAAUCAGUAUUGGUCUUAUGAUUACAAGCUCAAGAUAUUGAAGCACGGCAGGGAGGGCAAGCGUUGUCUCGAGAUGUUGCCGCAGAACAUGGAGCUGGUCGUCAAUGUGUGCAAUGCUACAAAUAGGUAUAUGCUCUGGAAUUUCGGCUAUGCCAAUCACACGGCACUGCUGAACUACAAGUAAAAUAAGAACAUUGCUUUGUAGCUGUCAUUUGAUGUUCUUUAGUUCCCACAGUACUGAAGUACUGAGAUAAAACUUUUUAUCAUGGGCACCCUCAAAUGUGGGUUCCUCCGCUAACUUAUUUGUGCCGUAAUUAAUUAAAAAUAAAUGCUAUUAAAGCUGCAAUUCGUAAAUAUCGUAA